UAAACAGAACUUUGUCAAUUUCUAUGUACUGACUCAUUCUCUCUAACUAUGAUUUCUUCCGAGUACAAGAAACAAGCCACUACUCCAAACAGCCAGGAGAUAACGAAACUUGUUCGACGUCAUUUCAGAGCUCCUGAAGCUGUUUCAUAUCAACCACAUAAAACAUGGACCAAGACAAAGAAUUUCAUGAUAAAUGAGAGGCCCGAUGAUCUCUGGGAAAAACAUUACCUCAGAAGAAAAGAAAAUGAUAGCAGAGGCUACCAAAGUGUCAUCGGGGAAAAAUACAAACCGCUGGGUGAUCAAGUGGUCCUUGAUACUUGUGACCUUGUGCUCAAUACAAUGUCAAAAUGUUUGGACCCCAAGAUAAGAAAACAGCCAUUGUUUAGAUGUGGUGAGGAUGGAAAACACGAGAAGAAGCAUGCAAUUACAUUACCUCCAAUAGGCCACAAGUCUGUCUCCAAGGCAUCUGCUGUAAAAGAGAGUUCCUCCCUUGACCCAGCAGCUAUAGAACUUCCAGAGGUUCACAGCUUCCGAGAAAUAAAACAAUUUUUAGAUGAAAGCAAAAACAUCAUUCGUAAAGUCCAUGCAGGAUAUCCCUAUGAAGAAUAUGUCAGAAAGCGUUUGGAAAUGAAUCGCAACAAACAAGAACAAAACAGCACCAAAGAAAACGAAAUGGUUUUGAUGUCACUUACCAAUUUACAACUGGGUCUUCCAGAUUUUCAAACUCACGAAGAGGAAAUAGAUCAGGUCAAAGAUAGUCAUGUGAUCAAAAAUAAAGAUCAUGUGAGUCCAGGAAAACGAAGGAAGAAAUCCAUAAUGAUAGAUCCAAACACAAAUAGGAGGGUAUCAGUAGAUCCCUUAACCCAGAGUUUAAUGAAAGAAGAAUUGGCGGCUCGUAGAAUGACCUUGAAGUCUCCUAUCAACCAGGGCCUAACCCUCGGCAGCAUUGGGGAAAAUCCCUCCUUCAUACAGGAAGAGUCAUACAAUCAGCUGCUUCAUAUUCCUAGUGGAGUAUCGUUAAAGAAGGAAAGAUUAAGAAGAGACCAUUUACAAUAUUUACAAGCUCUUUCCAUGGUUAUAACUUCAAUUAGUAACAUGAAGACUAGAGAAAUUAAAUCCAAGACUCCAUUAAAACUUGAUGCUGUGAAAGCUUUAAGGAAAGAACCAGUCAUUGAACCUAGAAACCCAUUCCAUAGAAGAGAAAGCAGGGCAACUACUCAUCUUUCCCGCCUCCAGUCUCGAUCACAACAACCACAUGUUGGUCUCCACAGAGAGGCUUCUGUGGGGCGGGGCAUGCUGGAACAGGUGGCUGGAAUCACAGGGCUUACCUCCAAACUCAGAAAGAAGACAAUGUGGGGUGGGGUGAGUAAGAUUCAGCAGCCUCAGCAGCAGGGCCCCAUUGUGGAGACUUGGGAGGAUCUUAUAAACCUAGAGGAACCAAAGAAGACAGUGGAUUUAACUCUACAGUCUAGGAUCCUAAUGAAAGCUCUGUUGUGGAGCAGGAGGAGGGCAAUUACACCCCAGGUAGAGUCUACAAUGACCAUCACUGAAAACACUGAACUGUCCCGGACUGAGACGUCCACUGGCCCCACCCACAUACAGAGCAAGAUACGCAAGGACUUACUGGCAGCUGAUCAUCACAGAAACACAGGCCCCAUACACACCAAAAAACUGCCUAUCUGGCAACUGGUAGCCAUGGACAAAAUUCCUAAAAGUUUACAGGAGAAAAAGAAAAAAGAAACAUUACAACCUGAGAACAUAGUUUCUAAUGACAAAAGGUCCUUCCUCAAAGUCAAACAUGAUCUACACAAAGAUUUAGAGGAAGAAUUACAAAAAAUAGACAGAGAAAUGUUAGCUGUCUUCAAGAUGAAAUAUGGAGAAUUUGAGGACAUGAGUCCACUUUUUGAGGUACACCGAAGUAGGUUAAAUGGCUGUGUCACAGGGGGAACAACUCACAGGAAUAUGGCUAUAACUGAUGUCCCACCAUUAAGAUGGUUUGAAGACCUACAGGAGAAAACUUAUUCUAUCCUGGGGCAUCAAGAUGAGGAAAUAAAUAAAACACUCCAGGAAAUAGGACGAUACUCCACCAUCGACAGCAAAAGCAUUCCAUCAGCUAAGGCUAAGUUAUGUUUGCUGUUGAUGUCACUUCCUGCAAGCGAGUUAUUUACAAUCCCUGUACAGAGAGGACUGAAGUUUGUGCUGGAGGUGAUAUUCCAAGCAGAGGAUCAUCUAUUGGGGGAGUGGCUACAACACAGAAAAGUACCUUACUUCAUCAAAGAAGCUACAAGUCCUUGAAUUAUCCGGAUUCAUUACCAGAGUACAGAUGUUUUCAAAAAGACAAAAAAAUUAUCACUCACAAGUGAACUUGUUUCCCCAACUUUAUAUCACCCACUAUCAUAAAAGAUUUCACAAAUGCAAUGGUGUGCAACUUACGUUAAUAUUUACAAUUACAUUAUCAAAUAUAUAUUCAUCUUGUAUGAAAACUCUAUUUGUAAUUUUGAUAUUA